AUGUCGGUGACAACUAUAGAAUUGGCUCCUCCAGUACGGAUCCACGAUACGCCCAAGUCUUCGCAGCUGGUAUUACAGGCCCUAGGAAGCAGUACAGAGAAUGUUACCAGCCACGGCGUUCACCGAGGCCCGGAUGAUAGUAGUGACGAAGAGGUUGCUAGCACUUUUUCUGUCCCGCCUAUCUCGAGGGCGAAGGUAGCGGUUAUUAUUGUUUCAGCGUCGAGUAUGGUGCUGAUGAACUCUGUGCUGACUGGUAUACUUACUGUGGGACUGCCUGUCAUCGCAGCUGACAUUGGACUCGCGGACAGCUUACUCCUAUGGCCAGCAUCGGUUUAUGGGUUGACCUGUGGAUGCACGCUUCUUCUCUCUGGGUCUCUUGCAGACGUGAUUGGUAGCCGGCCGAUUUAUCUUGCGGGAUGUGGUAUCCUUUCUGCCUUCACCUUAGGGUGCGGCCUCGUAAAGACUGGUAUCCAACUCAUUAUGUUUCGCGCUAUGUCUGGAAUCGCCAUGUCUCUGUGCCUUCCUAGUGCCGUGAGCAUUAUAACCGCUGCCUUUGCGCCAGGCGGACGAAGGAAUAUCGCCUUUGCAUGUUUGGGUGCAGCACAGCCAGUAGGGUUCUCACUUGGUAUAGUCCUUGGAGGUGUUCUGAUUGCUAGCAUUGGGUGGAGAUAUGGAUAUUACAUCGUUGCUGGUGUCAAUGUCCUGGUCCUCAUUGUCGCUUAUUGGCAGAUUCCUACGGACCCGCGGAAAGUAGUCCCGGUAACAUGGAAGAGACUAACAACUGAGAUUGAUUGGGUUGGAACCCUCUUGAUAAGUGCAUCCCUCGGGCUGUUUUCUUAUGCCUUGUCAACCAUCAGUGUGUCGAUCCGUGAGUUGGCCAAGCCAGGUAACGCUGUGACCCUGGCCCUGUCAGUGGUUUGUCUCGCAGGGUUCGUCUACUGGAUUCAUCGUCAAGAGCGACUUGGUCGUGUCGCCAUGGUGCCACCAAAGCUGUUCAAGUCCACUGCUAAUGCUCCCCGCCGAGCCCGGAACUUCACCUGCGUGUGCAUCUCAGUCUUCUUCACCUGGGCACUCUUUAAUUCUUUCCAGUUCUUCACCACUCUCUACUUCCAGGAGCUCCAGGGGAACUCGGCCCUUACAUCGUCCAUCAAGUAUAUUCCCAUGGUUAUAUCAGGCCUUGUAACUAAUAUCGUCACCGGCUUCCUCGUCAAGCGAGUGUCUGCUGAUAUACUCUGUACUUGUGCAGCGAUCGCAUCUUCAGUCGCUCCGUUACUCAUGGCCAUCGCCCGCCCAGAAUGGAGUUAUUGGACUGCUACAUUCUUCGCAACUGUUUUAAUACCCGUCUCUGCUGAUACGCUCUUCACCGUGUCAAACCUUGUGAUUACUUCUGCGUUCCCUCCGAGGACCCAUGGACUGGCUGGCGGAGUGUUCAACACCAUAUCGCAAAUUGGCAUGUCCGUUGGCAUCGCCAUUACUGCUGUGGCCUCUAACUCCGUGAUUGAACACGAGCUACCCCACUCGGAUCGACAAACGGCCUUGCUCAAGGGGUACAGAGCUACGUAUUGGAUCUCCUUUGGAGCCGCUGUGACGAUGGUCGCAUUGAGUCUAUGGGGAUUAAGGAGCAUUGGGAAGAUCGGACUGAAGAAGGAGUAA